AUGAUAUGGCGCCUAGUGUCUAAUGUCUGGUUCUCGGUAUUGGUUAAUGGCACGCCACUACGCUUUUUUAAGUCAUCCCGGGGUCUUCGGCUAAGGGAUCCCAUAUUGCUGGCCUUAUUUGUGAUUGGAGCAGAGAUGCUAUCUCGGGCUCUGAAUGCUUUAGACUCACAACGGCAGUUCACCUCUUUUAGAGUACCUCCUCGAUGUCCCGUUGUAACACACCUGGCAUAUGCCGAUGAUGUGAUCAUCUUCUCCAGGCGAGUGAGAUCCUCUCUAAUUCUCCUUAAAAAGAAGGCUGCAGCAAUUGGUCAGAUAUUGGGGUUUCAGAAGCAAGCUUUUCUAGUACGCUAUCUUGGCUGUCCUUUGUACGUCAGAAGGCAGAAGAAGGUUUACUUUGCAGAUAUAUAUAAUGCAGUGGCGGCGCGUAUUCUAUCUUGGAAGAACCAGCUUUUAUCGGCUGGAGGUAGAGUGGUGUUGGUUAAGAGUGUUUUAUCUUCAAUGCCAAUACACUUGCUCGCAACUGCUUCUCCUUCAAAGGGGGUUCUUGCGGCUUUGGAGAAGUUAUUCGCGAAUUUCUUGUGGGGAGUUUCAGACUUUGGGACUAAGUUCCAUUGGAUCUAG